AUGAAGCCAAAGCCUCAAAUUGAGACCAAUAAUGUUUUUGACAUCUUGCAAAAGGCUAGUUAAAAUCUUAAGACAUAAAAAUUGGAUCUCAUUAACUCUGUUAGGAAUAUGUCAACCAAAUCAAAUUCAAAUAGCAAUAUUUUUGGGAAAGAAUUCUUAAAGCAAUAAUUUUGCAAAGAGAAUCAAAAAAAGAAGAAAUAGAUGUCAAAUUUAGAGUUAGUUGCAGCUAUGCAAAAGUAUAAUUAAUUAUUGCAAUAAAAACGUGAUACACUUACCAGAAAUUAUUCAAAAAGUUAAUCACUGUUAAAUCAACUAGUUACUAAAGUAACUCCAAACUUAGAACUAAAUAUGUUUAAACAAUCUUCACGAUCUCCUAUAUCUACAGAUGUAAGACCUUAAACUUCUGACUUAAAAGCCACUUCUUCUGUAUAACACAAAAGAUAACAAUCAAUAGGUUCCAAAGAAUAGAAUUAUAAAAAAUUAUACAAUGCUAUGUUACAAAAACCCAAGAAGGCUUAAUCACAUUAAACCACUCCUCAACAUUCUAGAUAAUAAUCAUUAUAACAAUCAUAACAAUUAUCUAAUAGAGAAUCAAAAUAUUUUGAAAGCAUUAAAUUUAAUAAGGAAAACAAGGAAAAUAGUUAAUUUCAAUAUUAUUUGGGUAAAAUUAGAUAAGUAUUUACUCGUCCUUUAAGAGAUGAUUAUUUUAGCUGUAUUUAUAGGGAACAUUUUUUUCAAACUUAUUAAGGAAUUUAUGUUGCAUCUUAUCUCAGACCAGUUGACCCUAAUGAUGUAAAGAAAAAAGCUGUUUAAUUAAAAUAAAAGGAAAAAUAUAGAAGUAUUAUUAAUUCUUAUUUAAGAUAAAAUAUCAUUAAUUUUUGAUUUAGAUGAAACUUUGGUACAUUGUAAUGAAUCAUUACUUUAAAAAUCUGAUAUUGUAUUAAAUAUACAAGUAGGUCCAAAUGAAGUAGUUAAAGCUGGAGUUAAUAUUCGUCCAGGAGCUAUUGAAUUAUUGGAAUCUUUAGUUGAUGAUUUUGAAAUCAUAAUCUUUACAGCUUCUCAUUCAUGUUAUGCUUAAUAGGUCUUAGAUUAUUUGGAUCCUGAAAAUAAACUAAUUUCUCAUCGUCUUUUUAGAGACAACUGUAUUAUGACAACAGGGGGAAUGUAUACAAAGGAUCUUAGAAUUUUUGAUAGGCAAUUAAGUUAAAUUGUUUUGAUUGAUAAUGCUGCUUAUAGUUAUGCUUGGCAAUUAGAUAAUGGAAUACCAAUAGUCCCUUUUUAUGAUAAUAAAGAUGAUCGAGAAUUAUGGGGUUUAUAAACCUAUUUAUUAGGUAUGAUUGGUGUGUCUGAUGUCAGAGAAUAUAAUAGGUAAUAAAUAAUCAUAAUAUUAAUAGAGAUAAAUUAAAAUUAAAUUAAUUUUUUGAUUCCUAAGGACCUGCAAAUGUAUUUGAAAAACUGUUUUAAUAGAAAAUUGAAAUAUGA